GGUGGGAGAGGAGAGAGUUUUAUUUACUGUUUUUGUGCCACUGAAGCCAGAUUAUAACUUUCUUACAGUGUCCUUGCAUCCAAGUUCACUAAGAAAUUUGAUUGAGAAUCGUUGCGAAGAGUUGAGGAAGAAUAUGGCUAUAACAUUGGGAAAAAUUUGGGAGUCAAAUUUGGAGCCGACGGGUGAAGGAUUAGGGUUAGGUUUGGGAUUUGUGCGAUAUAGGCGAUCAAUGAGCGGGAAGAGGAUUGCCAUAUCUAGCAACAUGGAGGUUGAUUCAACACGUACAUUGAAGAAGCCGUGCCUCGACAGAACGCCUGCAGCUCCUAACAAGUCUCUUCUCGAAGCCCUGCCCCAAGACAUUCUUAUUAGGAUAUUGUGUGGUGUUGAUCAUGAUGAUCUGAAGCAGCUUUACAGUGUGUCAAAGCCGAUCAGAGAAGCAGCCCUAAUUGCAAAGCAGUGCCAUUUUGCUUACAGCACUCCUACUAAGAAGAGACUGCCUUUUCGAAAUUCGACAAACAUGGGGGACGAGGACAUAUUAGAAGAGGUUGAGGCUGAGGCCCCGGGUGCUCCAAAACAAUCUUGGCCACACCGGGCUCGAACUCGAUUGAGCGCGAAGAAGUUGGCCGGCAUUUCAGUGGCCUUGUUUGCCUCACCAAUCGAAGAACUGUAACCCAACACAAUGCUAGAGUAUUAUUGUGUUGGUACAGCGAUUGUUGUUUGUACGAGCAAUAGUUUCGGCCGAGUUUCCUAGUUGAUGAUGGGAGUCUUGAGAAAUGAAUGAGAUCUGAUUAGCGGGUCUCUCUUGCCUUGUAAAUUGUCGUCGUCUACAAUCUCUACACAAGAAGCCAUCUUCUUCAACCAUUUCAUUGAAGAUGGGUUGUGGCUUGUUUGUAUUUGUAUUGUAAAUUUUGGGGGUUUUUGGUUGGAAGGGAGGGGGGCUAUGCUUGCCUGGGGAUGUAAAUGGUAGUCACCAGUGAUUACAUUUUCGUGUUAUAAUUGUUGAAUGGAAGUAAUAACAUUUAUCAUCUUUCCUUUUUGGUGUAUA